GACCUUGUCGCUGUGGAAGCUUUUGAAUGCAUUUCAUGCCUUCGCAUGAGUCUUUUACUUGCUCAUUUGCCUCUCAUGUUGAUUUCCUGUCGGCAAAAUGAACCCUGGACAAUAUUCGCGCGAGUCUUCCACACUUUCCGCCGCCUACAUUGCCUCUCUCGCGUCCUCCGUCUCAGACAAAGAUGAAGAUCUUCUUCUGUCUUCCCCCUCCGAGUUUCACUGCACGUGGGCUCUCCACCGGUCUGCCUUUGACCCCGACUCUGAUGUCCCUUCUCCAUGUGCAACACCGAGAAUUGGGAACAAGGGCGUCGGGGCACCGAGCAUAUAUGCACGCGACUCGGAUUCGUGUUGGCCAGGUUCCCAGAAGGCUCCGAGAAACCUGGUCCUCCUUCUCUGUCUCGUCAUUCUGACUUUCACAUCUUCUUUAUAUCGCUGUGUUGAACCUCUGCAGGCGCUGAUGUCCGCGUCUCCGCAGUUUCUAUGGAAAGAGGGGCUCCAUCCCAAGGACGUCAACAUCGUUCUCUAUAAUAGUUUCGGUCUCAGCUCAGGAAUAGGACUGGUCGUCGGUCUGUUCCUCGCCAAUGUUGUCACUCGCUGCUGCUCUCCCAAGGUCCUGGGCGUCCUCUGCGUCGUCUCCGCAGGCACCGGUCUGGUUCUUUCGGCCUUCGCCGAAACAACGGCUGCGCUGAUGGUUCCGCUCAUACUCCUUGGACUGACAUGCGCCAUGACAAAUGCGUUGCUUCCCGUGGUGUCCCUUUACCCGGAGAGUGCGGCGCUGGUCUAUUCACUCGUGUGCGCCGGAGACUUCACGGGAACCGUCCCCCUGCAGCUUCUCCGCUGCGCGGUCGAGAUCUUCAAGUGGAACCCUCGUAUUGCACUCUCCGUGUACGUGGGGACUGUUUACCCAAUCGUCCUCCUUCUCGUGAUUCUUCUGCCUGCCGCUCCAUUCGCAACCGCCGACGUGGAAUCUGCGAUUGAAGCGUCGGAAGACGAGGAGAGACGUUCGUUGAUUAAAGAAACAGCAUCGCAGCGAGGGGGUGCAGGCGACACCGAGACAAAGAAAGAUCCGCAAGCCCCGAAGCGGACGCUUUCAGGCACUUCGUGCCACAUUUCCGUCAUUGAAUGCCGUGACAUGUUUCCACCCCAGCUGUGGCGCCUCUCUUUUCGACAACAGCUGUGCUCGCUUCAUCUCUACGGCCUGUCGCUGUGGUGGCUGGCUUCGUCCAUAGGAACAGAAACUCUUCGGCUGUACUAUCGACGGGCCUUACAAACAGACUCAGAGGUCGGUGCGCAUACAGCCGUGUUUGUCGAGCAAGUUGCCAGUUGGGGUGCGUGUUUCAGCUGUCUAGUCCUCCCUGGUGUCUACUGGCUUCACUUGAAAGGCGAGCAGAGACACCGGAAAAGGCUCGAGGAGAAGCGUCGUCUAGAGGAAGCUUUCGACACGGAUAUCGAAGGAAAUGCCUCCGCUGCUGGGCUUGGAAAACUCCGGAUACCCGGAAAAGGGGAACCCGGAGGGCUCCAGCCGGAAGCUGUGGGGCCUUUCAAACGACUGGGUGCAUGGUGUCGUGAGGAACUCUUAGUUGUACCCCGUAUCUCACAAAGAGGAUUGGGCUUGAUAUCCAGUGGACUUCUCGCAGUUAUCGGCCUUCUUCUUAAAUCCGGAUCCGUUGUACCCUGCUCAAUCGCCAUGGUCUUCAACUGUAUUCUCCAAGCUCUGGCACCAACCAGCAUGUUCCUUAUUUUGUCAAAUACCUACGGUCCCCGGCAUUUUCAACAGCUGCUGAGUAUCCAAGUGGUACUUCUCGCUUCCGUAGGCCUGCUAGCGCCUUUGCUUCAAGACAUCCUCUUCACCCUUCUCCGGCUUCAAAGCGAUGCGCUGGCAGUGUUGCUUCUUCUUUGCGCUGUCGUCGGUGCUAUCCCACUCCUCUGCUUCCGCUGCACUCCAUGCGACCAGUUCGAUGGAAAGCACAUGCUGGUUGCAGCUACCGGUCUGCCCCUUGCUCUUGAGCGACAUUCAGUCGCUGCGAUUUUCAAGCAGGUUGGAGCAGAUGCAGAUCUUAUUUGGGGAAAGCGUAGAAAGCAGUGAAGUGCGUGUUUUGGAAAAAAGGUGGAGUAAACGUGUAGACGUUUGACAAUCGGGAAUUACAGAAGGCCAGUGUACAGGACUUCCGCCGUUUCAGUUGUGUAGAGCAGCACACGUAACUAUACAUUGCAGAUAUGAAAUUACAGUCCAAGAAAAUUAGGGAAAGUACAAUACAGAGAGGGAGCGGAGCAGGCAGGGAAACGAACAAUGAACCGUCCCUGUCCACGCUUCUCAUGCGCCGUAAAAUAUCGCAUGGCAACCGCGCUGAAGUUUUGCCUUUUGCUUCAAGAGAGCAUGUUUCCCGCAUGCUGUGUUCCUGGUUCAACCCUGACGGGAUGUCGUGACGGCGUAUGUGUUGCGUUGAUGUUUGUAACCGGGAAAUCAAUGGUUUUUGCUUGGUAUGGAGUCGCCGUGACCAGCACAUUUUGUUGAUUUGGCCGUAUUUGACCAUUUUCAAAGAAACCUCCAGCAGAUAACCUGUUUUUUCC